UAACAUGGCUCAAUUCACCAAAGAAAGCUUUGUUCCUGCUACUAAAGAAUAUGAAGUCUUACAGAGAAAUGCUAGCAAACUUCAACGGGCAAUCUCUCAUCCAAAUUUGUUGUCAAUGGAUUUGUUUUCAAAAAAUCUUAUUCCUUUUCAAAUCCUUCAAAAGGUCAGUGCUGCUGUCCACAUAUCUGAUGCUCUAAACAUGGAGCUUGUCGUUUACUUACUUCAAGCAGUGGUCACUGAUCCUAACAACUUUCACAAGCUCCUUGAAGUACUAGAGAAUCAUCCUCCAUUUCUGACGGCUGUUGCUAAAGAUAUGAAAGAAGAAUAUCAUGCAGAAAUAUCAUGCCAAGUUGAGUCUCAAGUUCAGUUACCUGAUAAAAGCAAAACUUUGAAAGGCAAUGAACAACAGAGAUCAAUCAAUGUUGGCAGUAGUAUGCGUCAGGAUUUUGUGGAUUUACGAGGAAAGCUGGGAGAAUUGGUGUAUGAUAUACAGAAAAAAGUCGAAGAGGCUCAUAUCGACAUUAAUGAUGUGAAAGAUUUUGUCAGUUUAUAUGACCCCGAUGAAAAAUGUAAUUACCAAUUACGGGAAGCAAAAGACAUGUCAGAAGUAUUUUUCAUAGUUCGCACCCAGCUUUGCUCUCUUUGCAAUUGUUCCAUAUUGCAAAAGCUUGCUCAGAAGUUUAGCCUUCCAGGUGGGGAUGAAAUCAUUCAAGAAUAUGAGUUUGCAAAGGAAAAUUAUCGAAGGCUGCUGACUAGCUCAUCUUUUGCAGACAAAUUGCGAAAAGAGAGUCAAUUUCCAUCAAAUGCAAAGGGUAUUAUCAUUUUGUGGUUGAGGUUGCCAUCAGUCAAGAGCCUGACUGUCUUUGAGUUUGAAAAUAUCAUCAAAAAAGUGUUCUCUGAGCUUUACUGUUACAUCCACCUUCUUAAAGUUGAGCCAGGUUCAAUCGUUGCUACAUUGUGUGGUCCUGAAAGAGUGACAGGAGAACUAAUAGCACUGGCAAAGAAGAGCAUAGCAUAUCUUAGGGAUAUUGGAGUGACCUGGUUAACAAUUGGAGACACUUUAAUUAUCAAUGACAUUGAAGACACUGAAGAGGUAUCUCAGGUUGCCAUUGAACAAGACAAGCGCCCUUCCUCCAGUCCUAAUAAGGUAGUUCAGAUAUCAGCACUAUACUAUUAG